AUGUCAAAGCAAUUUUAUUUCUUAAAAAAAGUGGGUGGAUUGGAAAAUAAUGCAUUUUUGACAUUAUGGGACCUCCUAGAGUCCUGGACUUCUCAAGAUAACUGGAUGGCAAUCUUAUUUAUAACUUUUCUGGGAAUUAUCUUUGAGAUCGUACUCAUAAAGAUUUGUACAGCCUUUCAGAAGAAGCCUGCACUUCCUUCAGAGAAGGAUAAUACAGAUGCCCACAAGAAAGAAGACAGUUGCCUUAAAAGCAUGAAAUUUGGUAACUGGUCAAUUCAUUCAUCUUCAGAAGAAAGAGUUGAUGACUUUUCAGAAAGAACAAUUACUUCAUCACUUACAUCUGAAGGAAAUGAAGGUAACUCUGGAGACAGAGUUUCACUGCCAGAUGAACCAACACGGGCAAGUACCAGUGAAAGUAAAUAUCGCAUAAGUCACUUUAGUGAAAAUCAUGAGCCAUCUUCAGAUGGUACUAGCUCAUCUUUGUCACUGUUUCAUUCAGAAGUACAGGAAAUUUUUCCAAGGUGCAGAGGGUGUCCUGAAAACGAACAUGAAACAAUACAGUUUUCAUCUAAGAAAUUAUCUUCCAUAAUGAAAGCCAACGAAAAUAAAAAUUUGAUGUUUUCUUCUGACUUUAACUUUUCAAGAAUUUCUAGAAUCAUUAUAGAAAGUGAAGAUAUAGAUGUGGCACCACACCCUCCUGCCCAUUUAUUUCUUUCUAGAGACCAAGUCAGACUUCUGGAAGAAAAUGUGAGAAAUAAAAUGCCUUUAACAUCCAAAGCUACUUUAGAGAGUAAAACUACCUAUCUGUACUCAAGGUCUCAAGAGCCCUUGAUUCAGAAUCAACAUUCUGUUAGAAUGGACAUUUCUGCCGAAGCACAAGAUUCUUUUCCGGGACAAAGUGCUCUUCCGAAUCAAGAUUUUUCUGAAGCCCAGUUUACUAGUCAAGCCCAACAACUUGUUAACAACCAGGAAUCAAUCAAUAGCCAGCCUGAUAUCAAGGCCAGAUACGUUGCUCUGCCUCAAGAUUUGAUGAGGAAACCACUUACCAGCAGCACACAAGGCUCCUUCCAGACCCAACAUAGGGACAGGAGCCAACAUUUGGUCCAAGUCCCACAUUCUGUUGAGACUCAAGAUUCAAUCAAGGACCUAGAGUCUGAUACAAAACACUCAGAAGAGGCCCAAUAUUCUGUUUGGUUUGAAGAUUCAAACAAGAUUCAAUAUUCAAUCCCAGGGCAAAAUAAUAUUUUUAAUAAUGCCAGACAUCUAGUUUUAACUCUAAGCCCAAAUUCAGUUGCUAAAGUGAUGCCACAACUAAAGAGUGUAAAGACAAAGGGCCAGAAACAAAUUGCUAGCUCAAAAUUAAAUCAGUAUCCUGCAUAUGGCUCAGUGCCUCUUUCACCUACCAUGACCAGGCAGAAAAACAGAAGAAAAACAUUACACAGUAAAAGUAAAUUUAGUCUCAAAGUUCCACCUCAAAAGUCAAAGAAAACAUCAACUUUGCCAGUAUUUCAAAUCACAGUAUGUCACACUUCAGAAUGUAGCAAGUUAAGACACAGGUAUAAAACUAAGAAGAAAGAGUUACAUCAAAGAAAAGGUGUAUCAGGUAUAGCGUUGUGUCGUACUUAUGCUUUCAAGCUUGUUCCUCCUUAUAUUAGGAAGUAUUCCAGGAAAAGACUAGUGAAAUUUAUGCCAGGUUUAACAGGAUGUAGACAUUUUCUGCUGAAGCAAAAUAAGUCACUGUAUGCAGAGAAAGUCAACUAUGCAGGGCCUGUUGAGAAAAGAGGAACCUCAGGGAGUACUAAAAACGAAAAGCAUCAUGGCAGAGACAAUAAAGAACUAAAAAACAUUUCACCAAAAAUUCCACCUCAGCUAGAAGAGUCUUUCAUGGUCAAUGCUUAUAAACAAAAAGCACCUUGUUCUUCAUUAAUAGAAACAAACUGGAAGAAUAAAGAGUCUCUUAAAGACCCAAUUUUACAAGCAAAGGAAAUCGAUAUUGCAGAGUUUUGUGCCCCAAAUAGUGAAAAAACAUCUGACCUGCAUAUUGCAAAGCAUGAGACACCUUUAGAAGAAGCUAUAUCAGCACCUUUGCAGAAAUUUGAUUCCUCUCCCAAAAUGGAGUCAGACAGAAGAAAGAAAACCUGGGAGGACCUAAAAAGUACAGAGAAUUCACAUCUUCUACUUACAAAUGGAGAGAAGUUACCAACUAGUACAUCAGAAAUGCAAAGGUGCUUUCCAAAGGGAAAUACCCACGAAAAAGAUUUUCUUGAAAUUGUUCUGGAGUCUUCAGAUGUCAACUUGCUCAUUUCACUAGGAACCAAAAAGCAUAAAAGCAGUGAACAAUCAGCAGGUGGAGAAAUUCAAGAGAGUCCAGAAGGUGUAAUUGAGAAGGAAAAGAAACCAUUAAUAGUUAAUGUUACAGAAGAUGGUGACCUAAGUGAAAGUGAGGAACUUGAAUGCAACACUAGAAGCAGCAUAAAAAAUAGGCAAGAUGAAAGAAUAUCUGAUGCAUUUCACGAUGCCACUCACACUGCCCUUUCUGAACCACCUCAUAUGGAAACGCAGAGUGGAUUAAAAACCAAGACAGAUACAUCAAGAAUAGGGCUUAGUCAUUCAGCCGUAAAGCAAGACGAAUUACCAGAUGACAAGAAAACAUGGAGUGCAGAAUACAUUGAGAAGAGAUGUAUAUUUAAAAAACCACAGGAACAUGACAGAGAGGAAGAACAACAGGCUCUACAAGAAGCAGAUCCACAGCUAACACCAGGUUUCAGGUUGAGUCUACAACUAAAGCAGAAGCCCAAGUACGUCAAAUUUGAAAUAGGACAUAGCUGUUCAGAAAGUAGAACAACUCAAAAUGAAGAGCUAGAGGUACAACCACACACUCUUUCUACAGAAACAAUUGUGGGGACUGGUCCAUGCCCCACAAUAGAUCCAUUUCAAGUUGAGAAGGUGAAGCAAAGCACAGACAGACCUACAGGCAGGGAAACCGCAGAUCCAGUGCAUCCUCUUACAGUGUCAGAGAGCUUGCCAGUUUUAACUGAAACAACAGAACAUGGUGUUGCAUUGUGUGGAAGCCCCGGAAAGCCCCUGGAUGAUCAAAUUGCAGAAAAAAAGGAAGACUUAAAAAGAGUUUUACCUGAAGUUGCCCUGGGGUCUUUCCAUAGGCAUAUGCUUCCUUUAUCAAGUGUGAAAAGGCGGAGAAUCAGAAAAAAAUUACCAGAAACCAAAAAUGUACUCUGUCUCAACCGUGUAAUUAUGAAAGUAAAGACACCACCAAUACAUCAUAGAAGAAGACUGAGAGGUGAUUUCAAAAUCAUGAUUAAACAAAUACUGCAAGAAACUGUGGCAGAUAUGCUUCUGAGUGUUCUUGACCCUCACGUGUCUAUUUUGCCUCAUAUUAGAACACACAGCAGAUUAAAUGCAGAGAAUCACAGUCAUACCAAGCUAAAACAAGAGAUAUCAGAAGUUGAAAGAGAAGAAAAGUGUUCAGAUACCAUUACUAAAGGAAGUGACUCUGGAGACACACCAGAAGCAGCUAAAUUGCAAGAUGAAAUGAGUGGGGACAGAGAAGCUUCACCAGAAGCUGUCCUUGAGGAUUGCUGGAACCUCAGAUUGGAUGCAUCUCCAGAGAAAGAGCUUAAAACAAAGAAAGAAAUGCAACAACCAGUCACAUUUGCAGAAAUCAUGAUGGAGUCUGUUUACUCGGCCAUAACAGAUCCAUUUCAUGCUGAGAAUAUGAGGAAAAGCCUGACCACACAAACAGAUUUAAGAUGCACUGCACAUUCUGAGAUGCCUCCUCCAGCAUCAGAAAAAUCACUGAUUGGAGACCCUUUAACAACAAGAGAAAGUGAUGUUCCAGAUUAUGGAAGUGAUACAAGGGAAAUGGUUUAUUCUUUUACAGGAACAAAGGCAGAGUUACCCAAAGAUUUACCAGCAAUUUUCCCAGAGACUUUUAUUUGCCACAUGCCUGUUUUAUCUCAUUCUAAAGUGAAGAAAAAUAGAGUAAGAUUCUCACACUUAGAAAGUAGAGUGAAGUCCAAGUCUGUACACAUGAAGGCAUUGAGGCCAUCAAUUUCACAAAUAUGUAAUAUCACAGGUCAUAGAAAGGAACUGGAAUCUGACUUUAAGGCCAAGUUUGAAAAGAUCAACCAAGCUAAUGGGCUGGUUUAUGAAUUUCUAAACACCCUUUACUCUCCUGUGUACAGCAGGUUACAAGAAGAGACAAACAGCUUCUGCCAUGCUCAGGUAAAGCUCCAGGGACUAGCAGGUGAGGGGAGACCACAGUAUGUUGAUUUCUUUGAUAAGAGUAGUGCAUUCUAUGACAGAGAAGAAAAAGUACAAGAUGGAGAGGAAGAGGAGCAAAAAACGUUGCUAGUAACUGCUCCGCAACAUACCCAGUACCUCUGGAUCAAUGGGUAUCAAGGGAAAGAGACCCACCUUGCCAAACCAGACCCAGCACUGGACCGUUUAACACAGGAACAAGAUAUACAGCACCGAACAUGCUUUACACAAACUGCUUUGCAGACUGGCCUCCAGAUGGGUCCUCAAGAAGCUAAGGAACUCCAGAAGAUCAACAAACCAGAAGAUGACAUAACAGCCCCUACGGGUCUGGAGAUUCCAGCUCCUGAGGCACGGGAGCAAGAUUUACCAGCUCCAGAGACUUGCCAAGGCCUCAUAUUCAAUAUAUAUCAGAAGAAGGAUCAUGACCUUGUCAAAUCAGAUGAGGAACUGAAACAACCAGGAAGUAAAAAUAUUCAGGUACAACCACAAACACAUUUUGCACAGACUAUUUUAAGCUCUGCUUCAUGCCCUACAUUGGAUCAGUUUCAACUUAGAAAGCUAGAGAGCUAUGCUAGGUUUUCACCUCCAAUGUCAGGAGAAGCAAAGAUUGAUGAACAAAUAGUUUCUGAAAGAGAGUGUGGUGUUCCAUCUGAUGCAAACCAUCAAAAGGAACAAGCUGAUGGUAUUGAAAAGAAAGAGACAGUGACUUUAGAUUUCUGCCUGGCUUCUUUAUCUAUAUCCAAAAGCAAGAGAAAUUUCAAACAAUAUUCAGACAUGAAAACCUUAAUGAAGCCCAAAUGUGGAAUUUUAAAAGCAAAGAAACCAUCAAUUUCAAACAUGCUCAAUAUCAAGGCUGGUGCUAGCCCAAAUCAUAGAAAAGAAUUGGGAUAUAACUUAACAACCAAAAUGAAAGAGGUGGGUCAAGGUGAAAAAAUGGCAGACGCCAGGUACUCCGUCACGUCUAUUAUACCUGCCGUUAAUAGGUAUAGCAAGAGAGAAAGGGAAAAAAACAUGUUAGGGGAAAAAAGACUCAGUUCUAAACAAGUAAAGCAAGAGAUAUCACCACAUGAAGGUAAUAUUACUCCAGGUGACACCAAAGAAACCAAUCUUCAAGAUGAAGAGGAAGAAGAAGGUGAACAGGAGAUGUUGUUAAAGAUAAUUCCACAGCACAGCCAGCAUUUCAUCUUCUGUUCAGGCCAGAGGAAGGAGCUUGACCUUCACAAAUGGGGAAACAAAGGACGUGGGAAAAUUCUGUUUGUUACAGAACAAGACAUCCCACGACAAACACAGCUUCCGGAUCCAACCCAGGCAGAGGAGCCAAAGAGAAGCCAGCAGACACUAAAUGGCACAGUGUGGUCAGCAAGUUCAACCCUUCCCUUUCUAAAGUCAAAGGAAUCACUAAUUGGUCGAGUUUUAAUUGAUACAAUGAAAUGUGAUGUCCCAAGUAAUGGGAGAUGUACGGGGUACCUGUACGAUCAUGGUAAAGAGGAAAAGGCAGAGUUUAAAGAAUAUGUACAAGCAACUGUCCUAGAGCUAGAGAAAUCAACAAGUGACGGGGAAGCAUGGGAGGCCAAUUUGACUGAUACACAAAGCAGAUCCAGCAACACAGGUAAAAUGAAUGUGCCACAUAAAAAGGAAGAGGAAAAUAUCCCAGAAAUGUUAGCAGAAUCAGUUCUGCGCUAUAGUCAACACUUCCAUUUCAGUUCCCAUCAUAUGAAAAAUCUUGGCCCUUACAAACCAAAAUCUAAACUGAAUCGUUCAGAAGGCAGGAGGACUUGGAAUUUGUCUUGUGCCAUGCAAAAUAUGAGGCAAGAAGAACACGUUAGAGAAACUAUCUUAGAGGCUGUUUCUAGAAACGUGAUGAAUUUUAUUCGAGUACAAACAUUGAAGAAACGUCUUCGUACUCAAGGGGGAAUACAAUAUAUGGUAGGUCUAAAGACCCCAUUUCCAAAAGCUAGAAAGUCAGAGACUGGUUCCAUACAAUGUGAUGGUCUCUGGGAUGGAAAUCCGAGGAGGAUAUGGGAUCAUCCUAUUUCUAAGAAAAAGACAUGGAAUCAAAGUGACUUAGUAAGAACUGUCUUAAAGCCUUUAGAUUUCUCCAGCCUUGAUUCGUCUGAACCCAGAAGCCAGAGUUACACAUUAGAGGUUGCAGACAAGAAAAAUACAAUGAGUCCCAAGCAGGUAAUUGUGGAGGCAGAGAAACCAUCAAUUUUACAGGUGCUUAAUAGCACAAGUUGUCUUACAGGAAUCCAUAUUAAAAAACCCCACAAAGUUAAGUACAAGAUAAGAGAGAGGCAAUGGAAUGAAAGUGUGAGAGAGAGAUUACUCCUCACCACUGAGGGAGCUAAGAUUCCAACGCCCAAGUUAGUGAUUGAUCAACUCUCAUUCGAUACAGCAGCGAGGGACACUCUGUAUAAUGACAGAACACGUCACAAAAAUCUGGGUGGUCUUAUCACAGAGAAGAAGGCAGAGUCGGAGGAAAACUUAGCCACAGCUCUCUUGGGGCCUUUAGAUUUGUUCACGCCUGUUUUAUCUGACUCUGAAAGCCAGAUAAACACAGUACAAGAGAAAAUCAUACUGAAUCCCAGAUGUUUAGCUCUGAAGAAAAAGGAGCCACUCAUUUCACAGAUACUUAAAGUCAAUAGGCAGUUUGCCACAAAGCAGAGGAAAAAACUUAGAUCCAAUUUAAAAACCAAAAUGAAAGAGAUUUGGCAAGGUAAAAAUGUGGCUGUUAUAUUUACAAAUGCCAUUUACUUCACAUUGGAUACCUCUGACAUUAAAAGGCAAAGCAGAUUCAAAACAGAGAUAGACAGAGUAUCAAGGUUUAGUCCUGUACAACCAACACACAUGGAGCUGCCAGUUGAAAGCCGAGUGAUUUUACAAUCAGUUAAUGCCACAGGUCAUGCUGCUUUAAGCAUUAAUAAGGAACAAGAACAGGAACAGGAGGUGGGCAUAGAGAGAGAGAAAACUGUGUUAAAUGCAGACCUAAAAUCUACAGAUGCUUCUACGUCUAUUCCACCGCACAUAAAAAUGGAGCAGUCACCUAGUACCUGGGGUAACUAUGAAGAAUCUUCUGAAAAGAGAAAUGCCCUGAACAAAGCAAGAGUUACAGAGGAAGAAGAGUAUGAACAACAGGUUUUGUUUGGAACACCUCCACAAAAUACCCAGCCAUUUGAGUUUCUACAAACUAGACAGCAAGAACCAUGUGUCUCAGGAACCAUCCAGAAUUCUGCUUAUGCUUACAAUCCUAAAUAUCCUAAAAUCGUAAAACAUAAAGGUAAUGCAAAAGCAGCAGGUGUGACAAACACUAUGCAUGCUGAACAGGUAAAGUCAAAGGCAAAGAAACCACUUGUUUCCCUGAUGUAUAACACAACAGGGUAUGGAACCCAGAGCAACGAAAAGGAAAUGAGGUGUAACAUCAAGAAACAGAAGCCGGGGUUCCAGCAAGGUAACGCUGAGGUAGGGUUCGUUCUGAAAACUAUUUGUGACUCUGGGUCUAUUCCACCUCAAAUUCAAGCAUUGAUGGAAGCAGAAAGGGAGAAAGGCAAGGCACAAAGGCUGAUACACAUUCCUCCAGAGCCAAAGCUGGAGAAAGCACUAAAUAGAAGACAAAUAGCAUUUUCACAGUCCAUUGCUAAGAGUGCUAAAUCAAGAAAUAUUAAAACACUGAAACAAUAUAUUAGAGAGCAAGAAGAAAAGUACCAAAUUGCUUCACCAGACGUUCUCCCACAAUGUAAAUACCGAUUCAUGAUGAGCCAGCCACUGAAGAAAGAGCCUGACGAUGUCAAAUUCUCAGUAGAUUUGAAAAGAGAAGUAUAUCCUGAUCGACAUUCACAAAAGAGGGAAACCAACUGCACUACGUUUGACAUCUCAAGAAUUAGAUUACACACAAAACACAAAUUCCUUAUCACACCAGGAGUAAAGGAGGGAUAUGGAGACAUGACCCAACAUUCAUUUCCAACUCCACAGUGGAGAGAAGUAUCCAAGAAAACGGACAUUUCUUUAAGUUCAAAAGGAAAGAAUAUGUUUCUCCCAGAGUUGGAUGCUUCUCAACAGAAGACUUGCAAGGAGCAGAAACUGCUGAAACAAGGAAGUAUUUCAAGGACACACCUGGAGCAUACUUUGUAUCCCAUUAUGGAAACUCCUCAUUUGGAAAAUACAGUAAAGGUCUCUGAGGAAGGUACAUACAUUGACAGAAAAAAUAUUUCACAUCUAUUGGGAAGAGGAGGAUUAAGAGAAACUGAUAUCUUACAAGGUUCAAAAGGACAGACAUUUCUUUGUACAAAUGUAGAGGCCCAGCAAUAUAUGUCUGCAGUGCAGAAAGGAGAAGUGAAACCAGAUCACGCUCCUGAACAGAUUCUGGAUUCGUUAUCUUGCCCCAGUGAGGAGCCUCUUCAUGUCAAAGGGGCAAGAAAUGCAACAGGGAAAGAAAAUGUUAACACCCCUAUCGUUUCAAAUGUAAAUCCAUGGAGAAAAGAGAAACCAAAGUUAAUGGACAGUCUGUCAAAAUCAAAUGGACAGAAAAUAAAGUUUUCCAAAAAAUGGAGGGCAAAGCAACAAAAUAGGUCUAACCAGAAAGAAGAAAAUCUUCUGGAAUCAGUUUCCUCUUGCAUAUUGCAUCAACUCCAUAUUGGAAAGCGAAAGAAAGAAGUCUCAGCCAAAGGAAUCAGUCCAACGGUUUUGAGCCCAGUGGUAGAGAAAGCAUCAAACAAAGCAGAUAUUCCAGUGGAUCAACCUCCAUGCUCAGAAGGAAUUAAUUUGCAUAUUGGAGAAAGAAAAGAACAUCAACAAGAAAAUAUAUGCAAGGCUCUUGCAACAUCUGUUUCUCAUUCUUUGAUGAAUAUACUUCAGAUUAAAUUGCUAAGGGUAACGAAAGCAUUAAAGGAAGUCGAUAGUCCAACGUACCACAUUUCAAAUACAGAAGGAAUUGGCUUGUCUAUUGCAGGAAGAGAAGAGCAACCAGAACGUAUACAACAUAUUUGUCCAAAUCUUGCUUCUGACUCUUCGAGAGAUAUAUUUCAGAGUAAGAUGCUGUGUGAAAAGAAGGCAUCAGAAGAAGUAGUUAGCACAGUGGAUUACACUCCAAGUGCAGAAGGAAUUGGUUCGCUUAUUACAGGAAGGGGAGACCAGCAAGAGAAAUGUACUUAUGAGGCUCUUCCAAAGUCUGCAUCUCUCCCCCAAGCAGGUCUACGUCAAACUGAUACCCCAGUGCAAGAAGUAAAACUAGAUGGCACAAAUAGGAUGAACUGUGAAUAUUCACCUCCACAGGCUAAGGAAGCAUUAAAAGGAACGGGUGUUAUUGUUGGAUGUAUUCAAAAAAGUGAGGAAAGACAAAACUUACCCAGUAUAGAACAAAGCCGGCAGCACUUGUUGACUCCGUCUGAGAAUCUUGUGGAGCAUACGUCUUACCUUCAAAAUGAUCCCUGGCUGCUGCCACAUUUAACACCUCUGACAAAGGAAGCAUUAUCGGAAGUAGGUAGUGUGUCAAGCAGGACAAAAGGAUUAGACUUGAUUUCUAAAGAUCAACUAAAUACCGGAUGUGAUUGUGGCCUGGAAUGGACUGUACCCUCGAUUCCUCCAAGGCAAACAACAAAACAAAAUACAAGGCCGCCUUUAGAAUCAUUCACUAAAACUGUAAAAUAUCAGAAUGUCUCAUUGCUGAAAGGAGAGAAAUCACUGGAUGGGGCGCAGGUAAUUGAUUCAAUAUCAAAUGUUAGCUCCCCCAAGCUAAGAGUUAGAAAGAAUGUGCAAUUACAUAAAGCGUAUCAAAAAAAGGUGCAAAAAGAGGUAUGUUUACCUGGAUUAUUUUCACAUUCUCUUUCUAUCCAUAUGCCUCUUUUGCCUGAAAAUAAAAGACAGAAGAAUGACUUAAAGCGAGGAGUUAAGAAAGGCAUAAUACACCCCCAAAGAACUUUGGAGAAAUUGUUAUUUUCAAAUAUAUUUAAUACCACUGACGGUGGUAGCCCAGGCAAUAGAAUAGAACUGCAGUGGAGCAUAAAAGAGAAAAUGGUAAAUAUAAAACAUAGAAAGGUCAAACCCGAUUUGAUUUUGACAAGUAUAUUUGACUUCAUCCCUUCUUUACCUUACCUCAAAUUGAAUAAAAAGACAAUUGAUGAGAUUAUCUCAAAUAAUGUAAAAAGAAUAAAACAACCUGUAUCACAGAAAAAGGAGAAGGAAAGAAGAAAAGUCAAUAUGAAAGGAAUAAUGGAUCCCAACAUUAUCUUGAAAGCAAAGAAAUCAUCACUGUCACGUAUACUCAAUGAAAAGGAAUUGCCAGGGCUGUUGAACAUUAUAAAACAAGAGAGCAAUGUGCAGAUAGGUAAAGGUAAAUCAGGUGUGAAACUGACAAACCUGUUUACUUCCUUACCAUCUCUAUCACAUCCUAAUUUGAAUUCAAGAACAAAAGGAGGAAGAGAUAAAUCAGGAACACCAUGGAACUGCCUUCCACCACUAAACCUCCAGGCAUCAUCAAAUAUCAGGAAAACAUCAUUUGCAGAGUCAAUUAGUAGAGACAGUUUAAGCAACAUGAUAGAAUCAAAACAACGUUUGCCCCAGAAAAAGAAGGAAGAUGAAGACAAUAUAGUAUACAUGAAAGAUAUAAGGGGCUGCAAAUGUGCCCCUUUUAAAAGAAAGAAAAAACUUUUUACACAUACACUGCAUGGAAACGAACCACAGUGGAACAAUAAAGAACAAGAGAAAAUGAUGCAGGAAGAUAAGAGUGAUCUAGUUGUAGUUCAGAAUAAUCCCUGUGUUUCCAUUCUGUCUUCACCUCACAUGGAAUGGGGUCCUGCAGUGAAAGAAGAGGCAUACAUGCGAGGAGUGUCAGGGUUCUGCCUUCCACCAUUGACCCUCCAGGGGUUGUCAGAUGCAGUGAUAAUAUGUGGGGAGCCAACUGAUGAUAUUUUAAGCAGCAUAGAAAGAUCAAAAUAUAUGUCACAGGAGAAUGAAGAUAAAGUGGAAAUGGCUUUGGAAGACAUAAGGAAUCCCAAAAGAAUAGCUUUGGAGGUGAACCAGUCUCCAAUUACACGGGAAUUACAGUUGAACAUCAAAAAAAAAGAGGAAAAGAUGCAGGAACAUAAAGAUGAACGAGUUGGGAUUCAGAGAAAAUCUUGUGUUUCCAUCUCUUCUCUGCCUUACUGUGAAGUGGACACAAGAAGGAAAGGAGAAGCAAUCAUGCUAAGAAAAACAAGAUCCUCUUUUCUACAACCCAAACUCCAGGAUUCAUCAGAUACAGGAAACAUAGCACAUAAAAAGUCUGUUUAUGGUGAUAACUCAAACAAUGUAAAAAAAGCCAAAGAACAUAUAAUGCAGGAAGAAGAAGGAAGAGUAAAAAUGGCAAAAGUCCUACCUUUGGAGAAAAAGAAAUCACCAAGUUCACAGGAAAUCCAGUUGGACAUCAAAGAACAAAAGAAAAAGAUACAAAGAAUUCAGGGUGAACCAAGUGUGAUUUUGACAUGUACUUCCAUACCUGCUACUUCUUUUAAAUUGGAUACAAGAAUAAAAGAGGAAGACUACAGAGCUGAAGUAACAAGGUACUCUCUUCCAGAACCAUCACACCAGAAAUCAUCAGAUAUAGUGAAAAAAGAAAAAAAAGAGUUCAUCAAGGGUGAUAUCACAAGUGAUGUACAAGCAGCAAACGAAUAUAUGCCCCAGAAAGGAGAGGAUAGAGGAAAAGUAGUAAAUAUGAAAUAUAUAAUGUACUCCAAAGAGACAACUUCCAAGGCAAAGGUAUUACCACUUCCACAUGUACCCAAUACCCCUGGCAGGUGUAGCCCCCAAAUUAGAGAAGUACAGACAAACAGAAGAGAAGACUUGGGACAUGUACAGGAAAGAAGAAGUGAACUACAUGAGGUUCUGACAGAACCUUGUCUACCUCAAUUUACAUUAAGCAAAGUUACAGAAGGCAAGAAAGAGAAGCAAAGAGUAAUAAAACCCGGUAUUCCAUUCUCAUGGCACAGGGAAUCAUCAAAUGCAGAGAAAUUAAAAUACACACUGUCACCUGUGAAUGAUAUCUCAAGUGAUUUGAAAAUAACAAAAUACAUGACACAGAAAGAAGAGGGUAAAGCAAAUAUUUUUGUGAGAAACCUAAUGCAUCCCAAGUGCUUAGCUUUGAAGGCAAAGAAAUCACCCCUUUUCCAUAUACUCAAAGCAAAGGAACUGCAAGUGAACAUCAAAGAGCAAGUGAAAAGGGGGCAGGAAGAUAGAAGGGACACAGUCGUGCUUCUGAGCAAAAUUUGUCCUUUUGUCACUUCUUCAGUUCAUCUUAAAUUUGACACAACAACAGAAGAAGAAGGUGGUCCAGGAAUCAUAAGGAAUUAUGUGCCACCCCCUGAGCUCCAAGAUUCAUUGCCUUCAGUGCAGAUAGCACCUCCAAAGUCAACUGAUAGCCACAGAAAGAAAGGAAAACAACAUCCACCACCGAAAGAAAAGGACAGAGUACAAACAGCAGCCAUGAGCGGCUCAGUGUGCGCCAGUGGCACAGAUUUCAAGGCAAAGACAUCAUCCCCUCCUCAUGUGUUCAGUGUUGCUGAGCACAGUGCUCUGAGUAGGAGAAAGGAGCCAUGGCCAAGCAUUGAGGAGAGAGUAGAACAGGGGCAGGGAAGAACAGAAGACCAUGAUGUGGCUCCAACAAAAACUCCUCCUUCCUCGCCUUCUCCAUCUCACCAUAGAUUGGAUGCAGGAACCAAAGGAGACGAAGACUUGCCUGCAGUUGCAGGAUUCUCUCCUUCACCAUUUCAGCUCCCUGAGUCAUCAGGUGCAGGGAAAAUCAGAUAUGCAGAUUCCAGUCAAGGUAUUAGCUCAUGUAAUGGAAUAAUAAAAACUAAUGGACAUAUGCCAUAUAGAGAGACAAAGUUCAGAAUAAAAACAAAAGACAAGAAAGAUAGAAUAUACCCCAAAAUAAUAACGUUGGAAGCCCAUACAUCCCCACUUACACAUCUACUCAGUAGAAACAGACUACCUUUGAAUGUCAAAGGGCAAGGGAAGGAAGUGCAGGACAGCAAAGGUGAGCCAGAAAUGGUUCUGAGGGAAACUCGUGCCUCCUUACUUUCUCCAUCUUACCUGAAAUGGGACACUAGCAGGAAUGAAAAGGAACACACAGAAAGAAUAAUACAAUCCUGUUUUUCACCACUGAAGAUUUAUGAUCCAUUCAAUCCAAGCAAAAAAGCAGAUGCUAAGUCAUUUGACGGUUAUUUGUUAAAAGACAAAGAUAGACUCAAAACAGUUAUUGAAGACAAAGUGCUCCUGAUAUCUAUGCAUCAGAACGCAAAGGAAUUACCACUUUCAUAUAUACGUGAUACCAAAGAAUUGAAGUGGAAAAUUAAAGAGCAAAAGAGAAAGGUACAGAGAGAGGACAGUGAACUAGUCACAAAACUGAAAAACAUUUAUAUUUCUUUACUCGCUCUACCAUAUCUUAAAUCUGAUACAACAGGAGGAGAGGGGUACAUGAUAAGAAUUACAAAAUUGCCUCUCCCACAAGCACAGUCCAAGGAAUCAUCAGAAUAUGCUGAGACCGAUGAGGGACAACUUUCAAAAUACAUAAAAAAAUUAAAAGAACACAUGCUACACAAAGAAGAGAAGGAGAGAGAGAAAUAUAUGGAUAUGGAUAGUAGAGUGGACCACAAUAAUAUGGAUUUGGAAGCAAAGAAAUCACCUAUUUUACUUACAUACAAUCUAAGUGACCUUCAGUGGAAAACUAAAGGGCAAGAAGGGAAGGUUCAGGAAGAUAAACGAGAGCCGGGUGAUGCAACACUGACUGAGACUUGCACUUCUAAAUCUUCUCUUCACCUUGACAAAAACACCAGCAUCAGAGAAAAGGGCAUGCCAAUGUUAUCAAGACCCUCUUUUCCCCCAGUAAACUUCCAGAAAUCAUCAGGUUCUGAGGAAGUGGUACAUGCAGAGCCAAUGGCUAGUGAUACUGUCAUCAGUCCCCCAAAAGAAAAACAACAUUUGCCCCAGAACAGGGAAGAGGAUGGCGUAGAAAGAGGAAACCUCAUGUUCCCCAAACAUCAUGAAAAGGAGAUGCAGGAAAGUAAAGAUGGACCAGGUAUGGUUCUGACCAAAUCUACUUCAUCACCAUCUCUCCCUGCCCUCAAAAUAGAUAAAGAAAUACAAGUCGACAAUGAAAUGCUAGCACUUAAAAGGUCUGUUUUGCUCAGAAUAUCAAAUGCAGGGCAAAUAGUACAUACAUAUUCAAUUAGUGGUGAUACCACGAAAGAUGUUCAAAACGAGGAACAACCUAUGCCUGAGAAAGAAGAGAGGGAAAGAGAAAAAAUGGUAGAUAGGAGAGGUGCGAUGCACACCAAAGAUAUAACUUUGAAGUCCAAGAAGUCACCUUCUUCAUAUAUGCUCCAGAGAACAGAAUUACAUCUGAACACUGGGGGGAUAGAGCAAAAGAAACAGGAAAGUCAAGGUAAACCACCCAGUACGGUGGUAAGAAACAUUUAUGUUUCCAAACCUCCAACUAAGCUGGAAUUGGAUAAAGGUACACAAGUAGAUGAAGGAAGGCUUGGAAUUAAAAAACCCUCUCUACUUUCACGAAUGCUUUCAGCAUUAUCAGAUGCAAAGAAGAGACCAGAUACGAAGGGAAUUGGUAGUGAUGUAAUAAAAAGAAAACAACAUAUGUCAGAGAAAGAAAAAAAGUAUGAUGUGAAAAAAGUAGAUAUGAGGCUCAGGACACAUCACAAAGAGGCAACGAUUUCACCAAUACCACAUGUCCUUAGUACAAAGGAAUUUGUGUUGAAUGUUAUUAAAGGGCCAGGGGGAAAAGUGCACAAAGGUAAAGAUGAACCAUGUAUGGUUCUGACAAGAACUUGUCUUUCCAUCCCAUCAGCACCUCUUUAUCUAGAGUCAGGGAGCAAAAUAGACAAAGAUGCACCAGGAAUCAUGGGAUCCUCUCGUCCACAGCAGAAUCUCCAGGAAUCAUCAGAUACCCAGAAAACAGCAAUUAGAGAGUCAGCUGCUGGUGAGAGUGAAAUUGUUAAAAAUGCAGAACACUCAGUGCCAGAAGAGGCCAUGCAACAGUGGACCUCAAACUUCAUGAUCAGUGUACAGCAAAGGAAAGAGCCUCCACGAGUCAAAUCUGAAGGAUUUGAUGAUUGGAAGUCACCACCUUUGGCAGGGGGUCCAGAUGCAACAUACAUGACAAUACGUCCCAAAUUGCAGCCAAAACCUAUUUUAGAAAAUUUUACUUGCAAAGAAAAAAUCAAGCCCACUAAUCAUUUAGAGUCAAAAGCACCUGAAAUAAAACUGAAUUUGAUACCAGAGGUGGUAAAACAAUCCUUCCAAAAGUUCAACUUUUAUCAAAAACUGGCUAUUUCAAAACAUAACAGUUGGAAGCUCUAUCCAAGACAUAAAAAAAUGUUCUUUUUGUCUCUGGAAGGGAUUGAUACCAUAGAAUUUAACCUAAAGCACAAAUACCAAAAAGACUCACCUCCUGUCAGCUGUAUGAAGUCACUGAUUGUUAAUGUUUCAAGGGGCAAUGAAAAGAUCAUUACAGAGUUAAAGAGUAUAAAUGAGCUAGAUAGUGGAACAUCUCCUUUGACUUCUGCUAGAGAGAUGACAUUGCCUCAUAUUCUCCAAAACUAUUCAGUAGGAGAAAAAAACAAACUUCUCAUACACUUUUCUAUGAAAACACUGGAGAUUCAAAUGAAAGCCUUUCCCAGAAUUGUAAGAGAAUCUUACACAAUGGCCAGGGCUCAGGAUGGAAGGAAGCCUUUAUCUAAAUGUAUUCAUUCUGGUGUCAAAGUACCAAAACAAAAAAACAGAGUUUUGUUACUUUUUGAGGAAAAAUCUCUUCAUCAAAUAGAUCUUGAUUUACAAUACAAAUACCAUCGUUUUCUCCUGGGCUCUCCAGUCAAAAGUAUGUUCCCUAAGCCAAAUGCACUUCCCAAACAUAUUCUUAAAUUACAGACAGUUGCAAUACGUAAAAAAGUAGACAAUAGUGGAGAAAGUGGUGGUCUUUCCAUUGGUACAAGACCGUUAGAAGAACAUAUCUCUUUCAAAAAGCAAAGUUUCCAUGAAAACUCAUCAUUAGUCAGAAAUUUCUUGGAGCCCACUCAGGUGUGUGCCUCUGACCCUGAUCAACACAACACAGUGCAGAAAGAUACCAUGGCUCUUUCAAAGUUAAAAUCUCAUGUGACUCCAGAAAAAGAUAAAGGAUGUCAUGUAUGGUUUCAAGAAACAAAUACAUGUGAAUCUGUUGAUUUAAAGACUCAGGAAAAGACUCGGGAUUUAGUUGAUUCCCAUUCAAUUCAGAAUUUUGAAGAUUUUACUGAUAGUCAGACAAAUAUUGAGAGUUCAGAUAACUUGGAGGAAUGCUCAGCUCUUGAUGUACACGAGAGUGAAGAAUGUAUAUUUUCAGAUGCCAACCCUUAUUUAAGUUGGAAGUCACAGAAUAUUCUGUUUGAAUUACAGAAAGACAUGCCUGUGGAAAAUCUCUAUAAGAAGAAAAAAAUCAAAACUGAUUUGAAACCACUUUACAGUGAAGAUUCAGGUUCCCAUCAUAUUAGAGGCUGUCAAAAACAUUCCUCAUUUGUGACACCACCUUCUUACGAAUCCCACAAAAGCAGGAAACAUAGGUCAUCUUCCAAAAUGCGACCUCCUGACUUGUGGUGUCACAGUUCCUUAAAUACUGUAGAGGUUUUGUCUGUAUCAUCUUCCGUUCCGUUCAGCGAAGAGAAGCUUUCACAGACUGCAAGGAGUGGAAAAUGUUAUUCUUUAGUCCCCUUAAUGGAAUCAGAUAUUGAAUUACAUCUUGCAAAAAGCCAAGGCAAUCCUCACAGGCAUUUGGAAAGCAAAGAACGAAAGAAGGCCAAAUUGUAUUUAUCUAGAAAGAACAACACUCCUUGGGAAUGUGAUGACAGUUAUACACAGCAUAAAGAGAAACGCACAAGAAAGGAGAAGGUACGGGAUUAUGAGUCAGAAAGGUCAGAUUAUUUCCCAAGCAAACAUAAGUCAGCAUCAAAACCUCCUCAAGAGGAUAUCAGCUUCCAUUCUGAAAGAGAACAAAACCAGCCAUUUUUUUAUGCCUGUAUACCAUCAGACUCGCCGGAGAUUAUACCCCAAACUGUUCGCUGGACUAUUCCCCGCAACACUUUAAGGAAGAAGAACUUCAGAAGUCCCCUGGUGGCCAAGAUUUCAAGUUCUUGCAACAUAUGGAGUUCAUCCAAAAAGCUGCUGGGGUCGUUGUUAGGGUCCUUCAGCCUUGUUCAUCAAAAAUGAUGUUAACAUAUCAAGAUUCAUCUCGAGGGGAAAGCUGGUUGCUCUUGUGAUAUUCUUUGAAAAAUAAAAUCAUAUAAAGUCACAUGGUUUCCUCAUGAAGUGUUUUCUAAACUGAUACCUUUUAUUUCUACAGUAGAUUUGCACAGUUCUGGGAGGGAUGGAUGGGAAAGCAGAUGAUUUCCGGUUUGGUCCAGCCAUGCGUGAGAUCUCCCCUCAGUUUGUGCUACCUCCUUAUAAUCCCCAAAGGAGAAGCCCACAGACGCCGAAGCCCCCUUCCCACCCUCCCCACGCACUCCCCCAUGACUGAAGGGUGAGUCGGAGGAAUUGCAGCCCAUACAUGAGAUUGAGAGUACCCUAAAAGGUAGGAGGACAUAGAUACUGAAGGGAGACAGUUUCAAGUAGC